CCCCUGGGCCGCGCGGGCGCAUUGGCUGUACCGGGCGCGGGCGCUCGGUAGCACUUUGAACCGGGCGUCAAGCGGCUGGAACCGGAGUUGUGGUGCAGACCGGGGUCGGGCCAGGUCGCUGCUGCUCUGGCCAUGGCUGAGGCACGCACGUCUCGCUGGUACUUUGGGGGGCUGGCUUCCUGCGGAGCUGCCUGCUGCACGCACCCGCUAGACCUGCUCAAGGUGCAUCUGCAGACCCAACAGGAGGUGAAGCUUCGCAUGACUGGAAUGGCACUGCAGGUGGUGCGAACCGACGGCUUCCUGGCGCUCUACAAUGGCCUGAGUGCCUCGCUGUGCAGGCAGAUGACCUACUCCCUGACCCGGUUCGCUAUCUACGAGACCAUGCGGGACUACAUGACCAAGGACAGCCAGGGGCCUCUCCCCUUCUACAGCAAGGUGUUGCUGGGCGGCAUCAGUGGUUUAACUGGAGGCUUCGUGGGGACCCCAGCAGAUUUGGUCAAUGUCAGGAUGCAGAACGACAUGAAGCUGCCCCUGAGCCAGCGCCGCAACUACUCUCACGCCCUGGAUGGUCUGUACCGUGUAGCCCGUGAAGAAGGCCUGAAGAAGCUCUUCUCUGGAGCCACCAUGGCAUCCAGCCGUGGGGCCCUCGUCACUGUGGGCCAGCUGUCCUGCUACGACCAGGCCAAGCAGCUGGUUCUCAGUACUGGGUACCUGAGUGACAACAUUUUCACCCACUUCCUCUCCAGUUUCAUUGCGGGCGGAUGUGCCACAUUUCUCUGCCAGCCCUUGGACGUGCUGAAGACUCGCUUGAUGAACUCCAAGGGCGAGUAUCAGGGUGUUUUCCACUGUGCCGUGGAGACAGCAAAGCUUGGACCACAGGCCUUUUUCAAGGGUCUUGUUCCUGCGGGCGUCCGUCUCGUCCCCCACACCGUGCUUACUUUCAUGUUCCUGGAGCAGCUACGGAAGCACUUCGGUAUCAAAGUGGCAACCUGACAUCACCAGGGACACCUGGGCCGCGCUCAGUCGCUGUGCUGAGCCCCUUGGAAGAGUAGGAAGGGAGUGGGCUCCCUUCCUCCUUGGCCUGGGCCCGUGCUGAUCCCCAGCAGAUUCCUGUUCUUCCCACCCUUGGGCUGCUGGCUACGCCUUCUGACCCUGCCUUGGCCCCACUGAAGUGGCACCUCUGCCCUACUGGCUCCCAGGCUCUCCCCACUGGGACGCCCCAUCUUCCUACCUGAUGAUUCACUCAGAAGAGGUCUGGCCUGGCUGGUGUCACUGUCCCCACCUCCCUGGCUGCUACCCUGCCCUGCCUGUCAAGCCCGGGGAAGCUGAGUACACUUCCUGCUCUUGCUGGCCCACUGAACAGUUUCCACCCAGGACUUGGGUAGGGUGGCAGGGUAGAGCCCCUGGCAGCUUCUGCUUACCAAAUGACUAGAGCACGCACGCACACACAUACACGCAUGCACUUACGUCACAAGAGGGACCACCGUGCAGUGUUCUGGAAGGUAGUGCCUUCAGAAGAGGGAACAGGGCAGCAGCACAGAUCACCAGCAAACGCCAUGACCGCGGAGUCCGGAGAAAGUACCUGGGGUUCCCUGUGCACCUCCCGUGUUCAGCCUUGGCUGCUUUAAGAGUCAGUUUUGCUGAACCCUCCUACUCAGCAGCCACUACCAUCAUCAGGAACUGGCUGUGUCCCUCAUACACCUGUGCCCUCCCUUGCCUGGCUUCCCCAGGGCCAGGGGCUCAUGCUGGAGCUGGGGCUAUGAUGGAUUCAUUCUAUGUGUCCUCCUAGGACCUGUCUUCCCGUGUGGCAGGGGUCACCCCUCACCAUCCCUCAGGCUUCAAAGCAGCCUGUUUUCCCUCAAAUUGGGGUUGUGUGAGUAUCAACGUGAGGUUGGGCCCUGUGCCCGUUUGCCUCCCCUCAGCACCAGGCCCUCACCCAGGAGGUGCAGGAGGUGGCAGUGGGCCCAGGGGCACUGCCUAUAUCUCUCUUCAGGAUCUAAUAAACCAAGUGGCCUGGGAGGCUUCUCUCUUCCCUGCACACUCCUCACCCAC